UUGGUCUAUUCUCACUCAAUUAUUGGUACCUUCCUUCAGUCGAAUCUAUUAUUGUGCCGGCGACAAUGUUUGUAUCGGAGUCGGGGUCGCCGUACGAGGCGUUGUUCAGGGCGGCGCUGUCGAUACCGCUUUCUCACUAUCUAGUGGGAUUGUCUUUGAUUUUGGCCGUGUUUUUGUAUAACUUCUUCGAGAUGCAUUUCCUUGAAGAUUUUCUCACUGGAUUUAGGGGACAGCCGGUGAUUUUGACUUUCAAUCCAGCGUCUCAACUCUACCAUGAUGUUGUUUCACAGUGCAGGAUUUUCCACCGCAGGUAUUUGUCCACUCCAUGGUUGUGCAGUCCGCAUCUUCAGACUAUAUUUGUGCAGUUCUUUGGUAAUCCUCCCGUUGUCAAUUACAGAAGGCAGAUUUUUCAGACCUCCGAUGGUGGAACUAUAGCUUUAGAUUGGGUCAAGAGUGAUGAAGUUAAGAAACCACCCUCUCAACUGAAUGAUGAAUUCAUUCAAGAUGACAAGAAUCCCAUCCUGAUAAUCAUUCCUGGAUUAACAAGCGAUUCUCAUUCCAGUUAUAUCAAACAUCUAGCUCAUAAAAUGGAUAAACAUGGUUGGAAUGUUCUUGUCAUCAAUCAUCGAGGCCUGGGAGGUGUAUCAAUCACGUCUGACUGCUUCUUUAAUGCUGGAUGGACAGAGGAUGUAAGGGAAGUGAUUGAGUAUCUUAACUGCCAAUAUUCAUCAGCUUCUCUAUUUGCUGUUGGUACUAGCAUUGGAGCAAACAUUUUGGUCAAGUAUCUGGCUGAGGAUGGUAUAAAUACACCCGUAGCUGGGGCAACAGCACUCUGUUCUCCUUGGGAUCUUAUGCUUUGGGAGAGAUAUAUGAACCGAAGAUAUGCACAAAGGAUUUACGGAAAAGCUCUAGCCAACCGCUUGAAAAAAUAUGCUCAUCUGCAUGAGGCUACUCUUUUGCAUCUCAUAAACUGGGAAGAAUUUAAAAAGCAACAAAUCAAGAUAUUACAUGCUGUUUCUACUUCGCCAAAAUACAAGGGUCAUUCAUUUCGCGAACUUAUUGAUCGUUCAACUCGUAUUCUUAGUAACUACGAGACUGUGGAUACAUAUUACAGGCAGUGUUGCAAUUCUGGCUUUAUCAAAGGGGUAAUGGUGCCCCUUCUUUGCAUUAGCUCUUUAGAUGACCCUUUAUGUGCCAUGGAAGCCAUCCCAUGGGAUGAGUGCAGGUUAAAUGAUAAUGUCAUCUUGGCUACCACAAAACACGGAGGCCAUGUCGCUUUCUUCCAAGGUUUAACAGCAAGAAGUGUUUGGUGGACGAUUGCUGUUGAAGAAUUUUUUCUUGCUCUACAAUCCAGCUUUCUGAGUCAACGUAAAAACAAGGUAAAAAUUAAACACUUUCGCUCUUCCACUGAGAUUUUCAACGGCUUCAAUACCUAUAUAAAAGCAUGAAAAUACCUUUGGAAUAAGGUGGAUUUUGUAUUGAUGCAAUUGUACCUCAUAUGUUGUUUUUAUUCGGUUCGAUACAUUGAGCUGUUAUUUAAUAAUGUAGUCGUAUGUUCUUGCAAAAUUUAAGAAGUUACAUAACCAAAUUUUUGUUCAUUGUUCAUAUUGUGUC